AGAAUUAAUGAAAAUGCCUGGGAAGAAGAAAGGAGUUGGGAAAUGAGGAUGAAAAAGCGUUGCAUACAUACGUCUAUAGAGACGCCAUAGCGUCUCCGUAUAUACGGACGACGUGGAUUCAGGAAGUAUCGGAGCGAGAGAGGGAGACGUCGAUGACCGUUAUACGUGCACGAACGCUCAUCUUCGAAGCUUCGAAGUUUCUCGUAGACCUCCAAGGAUCCAGUAUCUUCUUGGCGGACGGUAUAGCAAGGUCAUGGUCGAAGAUCCGUCCAAGUUUUUCGGACUGUACGUCGAUCGUUCGAGGAGUCAACGUUUCAUUGAAUCUUCUCUCAAAUCACUGCGACCAUUUUGGAUCGAAAUUUUUCAUUUCGCUAGAAAAUCGAACGUCAGACGAGAAGUGUGUUCAUUCAGUAAAUUCAUUUUGUUCAUUUUGGUGGAUCGCGCUGAUUUGAUGACCGAUACGUGAGGAAGGAACUAAACGUUCACACAGAAUAAUCUCGAAAAUUGGAGGAGUUUGAAGUGAGCAAAGGAUCAUGAACGUUGACACGCUUUUGGGAGGCGGCUUGGCAGGGGCCACCGCUGCUGGUGGGGGAUGGAUCAUCCCCCUGCUCGCUGCGACUUUGGCUUAUUUCCAGUACGACUCGACGGACCAGGAAUCGAGACUGAUACCUACGGAGUUGGAGGACAUGCUACCGAUCUAUGAUUUCAUAGUAGUGGGAGGGGGUUCGGCGGGGGCUGUCGUUGCCAGUCGACUGUCGGAGGUUCGUCAUUGGAACGUACUGUUAUUGGAAGCUGGCGGUGACGAAAUGGAGAUUACAGAUAUUCCUCUCCUGGCUGGAUAUUUGCAGCUGUCUCGGAUCGAUUGGAAGUACAAGACGGAACCUCAGCCUGGAGUUUGCAUGGCGAUGGAGAACAACCGUUGCAAUUGGCCGAGAGGGAAAGUUUUGGGUGGGAGCAGCGUGCUCAAUUACAUGGCUUAUCUCCGAGGAAACGCGAAGGACUACGACAUCUGGGAGGCGCAGGGGAAUCCUGGCUGGAGCUACGAGGACGUGCUGCCCUAUUUCAAGAAGUCAGAAGACAACAAGAACCCCUACUUGGCGAGCACGAGGUACCAUGCGACCGGAGGAUACUUGACGGUGUCGGAAGCCCCGUGGAGAACGCCCUUGGCGACGGCCUUCGUCGAAGCUGGUCGUCAAAUGGGCUACGCGACGAGAGACAUUAACGGCGAAUACCAAUCGGGUUUCAUGAUAGCCCAAGGCACGACGAGGGACGGCAGUCGGUGCUCGACUGCCAAGGCGUUCCUGAGGCCUGCCAGGCUCCGUGAAAACCUUCAUAUCGUCAUAAACAGCCACGUUACGAAGAUCCUCAUCGAUCCAGUGGGCAACAGAGCUUACGGAGUUGAGUUCUUGAGAGACGGUAAAUUGGUGAAUGUGCGAGCUAAGAAAGAAGUCAUAUCCUCAGGUGGCUCGAUAAAUUCGCCCCAAUUGUUGAUGCUCUCGGGUAUUGGGCCGAAGGACCAUCUGACGCAGCACGGUAUCCCGGUGAUCCAGGAUCUCAGUGUGGGCAACAAUCUUCAAGAUCACAUCGCCCUCGGUGGGCUAACGUUCAUGGUCAACAAACAGAUUUCCAUAGUGGAAACGCGUCUGUACACUCCAACCUCCGUGAUGAACUACGCCGUUUUGGGCACCGGUCCCCUCACUGUUCUCGGUGGCAUCGAAGGCCUGGCCUUCGUCAACACGAAAUACGUCAACGCCUCUCACGACUUCCCCGACAUCGAGCUCCACUUUCUGUCCGGUUCAACCAACUCCGACGGCGGAAGACAACUCUACAAGGCUCACGGACUCACCCGGCUCUUCUACGACAAAGUUUUCGGCCCCAUCAACAACCAGGACACUUACAGCUUCCUGCCGAUGCUUCUCCGUCCAAAGAGCAAGGGCAUGAUACGACUUAGGAGCAGAAAUCCCCUCGACCACCCGCUCAUAUACCCGAAUUACUUCCAAGAUCCAGUCGACAUGGCGACCCUCGUCGAAGGCGUCAAAAUCAGCGUCGCCCUCAGCAGAACUCCCGCUUUCGCGCGCUUCGGGAGCGAACUCAAUCCCCACGAUUUUCCUGGCUGCAAACACAUCGAACGGUACUCCGAUUCCUACUGGGAAUGCAUGAUCAGACAUUACUCCGCAACGGUUUAUCAUCCCACCGGAACCUGCAAAAUGGGCCCUCCGACUGACCCGACCGCCGUCGUCGAUAGCACUCUUCGCGUCUACGGCGUCAAGGGACUCCGCGUCAUCGAUGCCUCCAUCAUGCCCAAUGUCGUCAGCGGCAAUACGAACGCACCCACCAUCAUGAUCGGGGAAAAAGGCUCGGACUUGAUCAAGGAAUUUUGGCUCGGCAGACAUCGCUACCAAACUUAGUGUCCGAACCACUGAUCUUGAUGAAACGAUCCGUAAAAAAUGUUGGUGGAAACUGGAAUUGAGAGCUUUAGCGUGGCCACGAAUAGCGCGCUUGAGCCCUAGCAACUUUGCCAGGGUUGAAUCUUCGCCCAAAACAUCCAAGCUCAACCUGCGAAUGCUUCCAAGUUCUUGAAAGUAUUCGGUUUGUCACUGUAAAUCUGUACAUAUCAACGAGCCAGGUGGUUACAUCGACCACGUUGCUUCGCUCACUGGACUGCUUGCGACGAGUUGAUUCAAUUGAAGGUCGUCCAACGUUGGAGUUCAACGAAAUUAUGUAAAAAAAGCCUCCAAUAAUUUCAGCAAUUCUACAAUUUCGUUCCCUGCCGAAUUUACAAUUCGUAGUUUUUCAAACUGUAUCGAUACUUCGUGAAAUCAAAAAUUGGUCUAUUACAAAUGUUAUUUUCGAUAAUUUCGUUAGACUCCAACGUUGCAAACUUCAGCGUCGUAGGUCGUGUACAGAAAUUGUCAGAAAUUUGUGAUUUCUGUCGUAGGAAGACCGAUCCGGUUCAAUGGUUCCGAAAACCCGAGCAACGUUCGUUUUCUUACGUCGAAAUGCUCCAUAAGCGCCUUGGGAAACCAGUUUUUAUAUGUCGAUUGGUCAUGUUCACCGAGAGUGAAUGAGCCACAUUGUUUU